AUGGGCCGCAUCGCUCCCUGCCAUGGCAUGGUUGAACGGGGGGGCAGCACAAGCAAUGAUGAUUGUGGAGCCCCAUGGCAUUCGCUGCCAGCUCACCUGGUGGGUGCGCUGGCGGCUCACCUGGUGGGUGCGCUGGCGGCUCACCUGGUGGGUGCGCUGGCGGCUCACCUGGUGGGUGCGCUGGCGGCUCACCUGGUGGGUGCGCUGGCGGCUCACCUGGUGGGUGCGCUGGCGGCUCACCUGGUGGGUGCGCUGGCGGCUCACCUGGUGGGUGCGCUGGCGGCUCACCUGGUGGGUGCGCUGGCGGCUCACCUGGUGGGUGCGCUGGCGGCUCACCUGGUGGGUGCGCUGGCGGCUCACCUGGUGGGUGCGCUGGCGGCUCACCUGGUGGGUGCGCUGGCGGCUCACCUGGUGGGUGCGCUGGCGGCUCACCUGGUGGGUGCGCUGGCGGCUCACCUGGUGGGUGCGCUGCCGGCUCACCUGGUGGGUGCGCUGCCGGCUCUUGACCGCCUCCUUCCCCACCACCUCCCGCACCAGCCGCCCCCGCAUGCGCUCCACCUCCCGCCCUGA